GCACACCUUCAGGGGUCUAGAGGAGUCCAUGCCUCGACGGGUCAGGGCUGUUUUGGCAGAAAAAGGGGGACGAACAAAAUUACUGCUCUAGGCAACCAUAACCUUAUUUCAUGUUUGGUCUGUGACUGAGAAUUCCCAUGACUUUUCCAAUCAUUUCUGAUUACUGGAUGAAGUAAAAAUAAUAAUAUAGAUAAUAAUGAGAAGUUAUUACAAAGUGCUCUACAACACUGCAGUUCAUGUGAAACAGAAAUGAGUCAGUGGCAUCAAGAGUUUCAGCUGGUGAGUGUGACUCCGGAAACAGGUUGUUUUUCCCUGAAGCUGGAAUGUGCGGCUGGACUCUCUUCUGAUUGGUUGAGCUUCACUGCUUCUGUAAGUCUCUCAGUGCUGCUGUUCACUGGGGAAUGUGGCAGUAAGAAGAGAUUCCUCCUGUACAAUCAUUUGAAGAUGGACAAAACACGCGGCCUGAUGUUCCUUUUCAUCUGUGUCGGACUCGGGUGUCACAUGACACAUGCUGCUCGCAUGGAGAAACUGGCAAACAUCAAGAUCUGUGCAGACAAGGACUGUUCCUAUGUUAUUUCAAUGGCUAAAGCUCUGGAAGACUAUGUGGCUUCAGACUGCAGGUACAUAAACCUGAGAAGAGGUCAGAUGAUCUAUGUGUACUCUAAACUCAAGCCUGUAGAGGGAGCUGGAGUCUUCUGGUCUGGAAGUGUUUACGGUGACCGUUAUGUAGACCAGAUGGGUGUCAUGGGAUAUUUCCCCAGUAACUAUGUCAAUGAGACGCAUGUUUUUGAGAAGAAAACUGUUGAGAUCCCAACAACAGACAUGGACUUCUUCUGUGCUUAAAGACAGCGCAACAACAUUUCUCCACAACAAUAUUUCAAGGCCCUAGCUCUAGUGUAUUCAAAACUUAUUUUAAUCUAUGGCCACUCCUUUUUUAUGUAAAGUAAAAUAAUUCACUAAUUAUGAAUGAAUUCCAGAAACAGUGUUCUUUAGGGAACUUACUCUUUUUAACCAAUGGAUUUACAUGACUUUACAUGACACCAAUUUUAUUUGCCAGAGCUCUAGUUAACACAAAUGGGUUUAUCUUCUUAAUAUAAUUUUGAGCUUUCUCAUUAAAUCUAACUAUUACUAAAGAUUUUUCAUGGCUUUCAAGCGGAAUUUGCUCUGGCUCCUCAUCCUCGCUUUCAGAUCUUUCUUCAUUGUCACUUCUUACUCUUUUAUUUCUUUUACUUCGAUCUCAGUCAAUCUGCAUAAUUCAUGGGUUCACAGAGAUGGCCCCCAGGGAUGAACCACUGAAAUUUCGAAAAAGUUAUGAUGUAAUGAAGCCUUGUUUACUGAAAUCAUGUGACUUUGGCCAUUUGAAACGAAGCAUUGGUCCUAGUAUAGGUCAUAAACCCCGCCCUCUCCAUGUAGUUUAAUGGGACAUGAGACAAACUAAACAAUUAUAUUAUGAUUCAAAUAUUUUUUCCAAAGAUGGUUUCUGUCAUUUUAGGUAGUUUUUAUCAUGCUGGUGUUAGUUCAAGUGUUUGUUUUGUUUUUUUGUUUUUUAAAUAAGUUGGUUUUAGUUAUUUAUUUGAUGCUAUAAAAACAGGGGUGUGUCAUCAUGAUUGACAGCUGUGAUUAACAGCUUCUCUGAGCGAAGUAGUCAAGCACCAACUGACUUUUAUGGGGGGGAUUUUCGGGAGAAGAUUGUAGCUUUAACUUUAAUUUCUACAUUUCCAGAAAUGUUUAUUUCACACCAACAUUAUGAGUUGUUCUGCAGUAAACUCUACUAAACUGAUUAUGCGGGAGUGUGGGCGGGGCCUUGGUAGCGCACGACUCCACUUCAUGCUCACUACUGUGCAGACUCAGGUCCCAAAUCAGCACAAGAUGUCAGCGCCAUAUUGGGAUAUUGGCGGCUUCACUUUUCUACAAUGGAAGCCCAGCAGCAGCCGUACACCAUUUUGGUUGAAAGCGACUUGGCAGUCCACUAGCUUCUAUGGCAACAUCAGCUGCUGUGUUAAAAAAAAAAAAAAAAAAAGUACAUUAAAUCUGAAAUCCAACUUGAAUGAUGACAACACAGUCAUUAAUAAAGUACAGUCACUAGACUAGUGAUCAU